AUGCAUGGUAAUUCUGCACUAGCGAUAUGGAAUGAGUUAUUAAGUAAUUUUGAGAAGGUGUCAAGCGUGAAAUUGGACACUCUUCUGCAACAGUUUUUCACUUUUUGGAUCGAGAAAGAUGAAAGUGUAAUGCAAUCACUUGCACGUUUACGUACACUGUGGGUGGAUCUUCAACGUGAGCAAAAGUUGAGCGGUGAAGGAAAGUUGCCGCAGAACCUGUUAGCACCGCGAAUCUUAUCUAUUCUUCCUGAUGACGAAUAUAUAGAGUUCAAAUCACAGUGGGACUCAAUGCCAAAGACGGAAAAGUCACCUGAAAAACUGAUCGAACAGAUCAACAUGCGGCUGCAAAGAAGAAAUCAAGAGCUUAGAAACGAAAGUACGAUAACAUUUGUGGCAAAUGCUAAUUAUAGCGCAAAACAUAGUGGAAAGAAAUGGAAGAAGGGUGGUAAGAAACCUCAGAUGGUCAGCCAAUCCCAACCACUUGACAACAAAUAA